AUGUUUGGUCCUUUUCGCGCCUCCCAUGUAAACUCUGGAGGUCUUCUUUGGAAAAUACCAUGGAAACUUUCUACCACCAGAAAGGCAAACGCUCGCCAUAGGCUCAAAAAAGUUGACGCUGUCAUCGAAGCCGUCAGGGCAAGCGGUGUACAGUGUGCUGCACUUGAAAGGGCGCUUGAACUUCCAAAGGAGCACGAGAUGCCUGCUCGCGACAAAUACACUGUUUUCAGUCCCCAUGCUCGUGGAUACCGUAAAGGGAUACACAAGGUUCCAAAAUGGACUAGAAUUACACAAAGAACCAAUCCGAAAGGUUUCUGA